AUGUUGUCCUCUCGUUUUCUAAGACCCGCUGCGGCCCGUGUCAGUGCUACACGCUUCAUGUCAAGUCAUACUUUCGACAUUUCUGGUUGUUUCGAAACCCACAACUUUGAAACUGCUCCUGCCGAGUCUGUCGAGGCCACCAAGGAUGAACUUGUCAGUAUGUUCGAAUUGAUGUACACCAUGCGUCGUAUGGAGAUUACCUGCGAUAACGAAUACAAGGCCAGAACCAUUCGUGGAUUCUGCCACUUGUACGAUGGCCAAGAAGCCGUCGCAACCGGAAUUGAAAAUGCCUUGACCCAUGAUGACUCAUGGAUCACCAGUUACCGUUGCCAUUGUGUCGCUCUGUGCCGUGGUGGAAGCGUUUCCAAGGUAGUUGGUGAACUCUUUGGAGUUGCCGAUGGAUAUUCGGGGGCCAAGGGAGGAUCCAUGCAUAUGUACAAUAAGGAACAUAACUUUUACGGUGGCGCUGGUAUUGUUGGAGCCCAAGUUCCAGUUGGUUCUGGAUUGGCAUUUGCCAACAAGUACAACCAAAAGCCUGGCGAACCCAUGAACGUUGCCAUUGCCUGUUAUGGUGAUGGUGCUGCCAACCAAGGCCAGAUCUGGGAGGCCGCCAACAUGUCCGCCUUGUGGAAGCUUCCAAUGAUCUUCUGCAUUGAAAACAACCACUAUGGUAUGGGAACUUCCAUGGAACGUCACUCCUCUAUCAACGAUUACUACAAGAUGGGAAAUGCCAUUCCUGGAUUGAGAAUCGAUGGUAUGAACGUCUUGGCCGUCAAGGAAGGUAUGCGAUUCGCCAAGGAGUACUGUGGAGCCGGAAACGGUCCCAUGUACAUUGAAAUGAUGACAUACCGUUACCACGGACACUCCAUGAGUGACCCCGGAACUACGUACCGUAACCGUGAGGAGAUUGAUUUCACGCGAUCUACCAGAGAUCCUUUGGAAUUUAUCAAGAAGUGCUUGAUGGAUGCUGAAUUCAUGACCAAGGAAGAAAUCACUGCCACUGAAAAGAGAAUCCGAAAGGAAGUCCAAGCGGAGGUCUUGGAGGCAAAGAAAUCGUCCCCACCUGGCUUGGAUCAACUCACCACCGACAUAUACGCAAAAGACUUGACUCCUGGAAACCAAGCAUACCCCGACUUUAUUCGAAUGCCCGACUUUGCUAACUCCAAGACUUUCAACAACUAA